UAUUUCAACCAAACCUGCAUAUAAUGAUGAACGUGAUCAAAAUGGAUCGUUUAUGCAAGGAAUUUUCUGGGCGUAUCGAAGUGCAGUUGUUGAGUUUGCAGUAGGAAAGGAUGCAUUAAUUAUCAAUGCAACAUAUAAAACCAAUAGCAUUGAUCGAUUUGGAUUAACAUAUCAUUUAGCUUUCGCACUUGUUUAUUCUGAAACAAAGGAUUUUUAUAGUUGGGCAUUACAAGAGUUACAUAAAGUGCUAACCAUUUUGACAAGCAAUUCGCAUGUAGCAACUAUUAUUACUGAUUGA